AUGUUUGCAAAGGUGUCUGACAAGUUCCACCAACGUCGGCAGGCAUCCAACAAAGGCGGGCCUCCUUCGCCGUCAACCCAGACGUCGAGUCUCGGCCGUCAGACGUCCAAUCCUCCGGUGCAAUCGUCUCCAGUGCAGGCGCAGUCGCCGCCUCAAAGCGCCCCAGUCCAGGCUCCCAAGCCGGCUGCGGACACCUCGGUUCCCAUGGAUGUUGAGGGCCAGCAGUCUCCGCCCAUGUCGUCAGCCACUGGAACAUCGAUGUCAACUACGUCUGCUACCACUCAACCAGCUAUCAACACCGCCGCGGCAGGGCAGACUCAGGAGCAGGUGCAGUCCAACCGCAACAACAGCAUCGAGAUGGCCGAUGUCUCAACCCUCUCCAUCCAGCCAGACGGCCGCCAAGGUAGCGCUGAUGAUGAUCGCAUCCGCGAGAAGGCCCGCGAGGCCCAUGAACAGGCCGCACAUGCGCAGGCGAAUCUCCACAACGCAGCGCAACAGGCUCGAGUUGCAGCUAUCAAUGCCGCUGCAUCGCAGGCAGCACUCGACGCCUCCAGCCAGACCCCAGGCUCCAGGACGCCAACCAAUAAUAAGGGCACUCCGCAGACCAUGAAGAAGACCGCAGGUCGUUACGCUCUUGCUGACUUUGCCAUUGAGAGGACCCUGGGAACUGGGUCGUUCGGUCGUGUCCACUUAGUGCGUUCCAAGCACAACGGCCGCUUCUACGCUGUCAAGGUCUUGAACAAGGAGAAGGUCGUCAAGAUGAAGCAGGUCGAGCACACCAACUCUGAGCGCGAGAUGCUCGUACGUGUCCGGCACCCAUUCCUCGUCAACCUCUGGGGCACCUUCCAGGACGUCAACAACCUCUACAUGGUCAUGGACUUUGUGGCUGGCGGAGAGCUGUUCAGCCUGCUCAGGAAGAGCCAGCGUUUCCCCAACUCCGUCGCCAAGUUUUACGCGGCCGAGGUCGCGUUGUCUCUUGACUACCUUCAUUCUCUCGACAUUAUCUACCGUGACCUCAAGCCCGAGAACAUCCUACUUGGCGCUGACGGACACGUCAAGGUGACCGACUUUGGUUUCGCCAAGCAUGUUCCUGACAUUACAUGGACUCUCUGUGGCACUCCGGACUACUUGGCUCCUGAAGUUGUGCAGUCCAAGGGUUACAACAAGAGUGUCGACUGGUACGCACUGGGUGUCCUGAUCUUUGAGAUGCUCGCUGGUUACCCGCCUUUCUUCACGGAGGACGGUAACCCUAUGAAGCUGUACGAGAAAAUCAUUGCAGGCAAGGUCCGCUACCCCACGUACUUUGACCCUCUUGCCAAAGAGCUCCUCAAGAACCUCCUUAUUGGCGACCUCACUAAGCGCUACGGAAACCUCCACGCAGGGUCUGGCGACAUCUUCGGCCACGGAUGGUUCGCUGAGGUCGACUGGGACAAGCUUUACCGCCGCGAGAUUCCGGCCCCUUACGUGCCCAAGAUCGACGGAGAGGGUGAUGCGAGCCAGUUCGAUCGCUAUGCAGAGGCAGAUGUCAGCGCGUAUGGCAAAACUGGAACCAUCGCUGGCAAUUCCAAACUCGAAACGAACUUACGUGGGAUCGACCCCAAACCCACCAAGGCGAAUUAG